AUGUCACCGCGCCUAAUGACAUUCCUAGGAAUCUCAGUCCUAGGCAUAAGUUCCUACUGCGGCUUCCUCUAUGCCUCAUACACCCGCGAAGUAACAAAGUCACAAACUCUAACAAUCCCAACGGACGUCUCAAACCGCUACAACACGAGCGCACCAUCUUUCGACGCAGAAGUUGACCUUGCCGAAAAGGCAAUGCGACUCGGCUCAAAGCGUAAAGAUCUAAUCAGUCGCGUACACGGGGACGUCCUCGAGGUAAGCUGCGGCACAGGCAGGAACCUCGAGUACUAUCAGCUUGGUGAAAGGCGUGGUGUGGAUUCUAAUGGGCGUGCAGCGGUUUUAGGCUGUCGCUCACUUACGCUUGUUGAUCUUAGUCCGCAGAUGGUGCAGAUUGCGGAAGAGAAGUUUAAAGCUUUGCAUUUACAUGGUGAUGGUGAUGGUGAUGAUGAGCUGUCUGUUGUUCCUGUUACUUUUCGGGCGCAGGAUGCAGCGUCUGUUACUGUUGGUAAUGGGGUUGAAGGGAGGAAGUUAAAGGCUUAUGAUACUAUUGUGCAGACUAUGGGUGUUUGUUCGAUGUCUGAUCCUGUGGGGACGUUGCGGCAUUUAGGUUCUAUUACGGAGAAGGAGAAUGGGAGUAUUUUGUUGUUGGAGCAUGGGCGUUCGUAUUAUGAUUGGUUGAAUCGGAUUUUGGAUAAUUUGGCGCCUGCUCAUGCGGAUAGGCAUGGGUGUUGGUGGAAUCGGGAUAUUGGGGCUAUUGUUAGGGAGAGUGGAUUGGAGGUUGUUGAGGAGAAACGGUGGCAUUUUGGGACGACGUGGAGGUUUGUUUUGAGGCCAACACGGGAUGGAGAUCAGAAGUCUCACGAUUCUUGA